AUGGACCACCUCAACAGGGUUCAUGGUAUCAAAAGAUGCGAAUUAGGAAAUAAACGUGAUAAAAUCAGAUCUUCUAAAUUACCAGGACAAAACAGUUCUGAGUCUGAUACUUCUCCUGAUCUCAAAAAAAUAAAACAACAUACCCUCAAAAAGUUUAUGGAAAUAAAAAAUUAUUAUAAUCCUGGAGAUCUACGUCAAAGAGAGCUAGAUCAAUGCUUAGUUAAAAUGAUAUGCAUGGACAUGCAACCAUUUAACAUUGUGAAUGAUCCCGGAUUUAAAAUGUUUUGCAAUAAAAUUGAUCCUAGGUAUAAAUUGCCAGCCUGUACAACUUUAAAAAGAAAUAUGGUCCCAGAACUCUACGAUUCGUUAAAAUUAAAACUACAAAAAAUAAUUGAUGAAGUAUCAUAUGUUGCGCUUACCACAGAUGCCUGGACGUGUACAUUCACCACAGAAUCAUACUUGACACUUACCUGUCACUUCAUAAAUUCAGAUCUACAGUCAUGUAUCUUAGAAACAAAAAAAAUAGAGGGAAGUCACACGGCUGCAAAUCUUGCGAACAUAAUUGAAGAAAUUCUUCAGGAGUGGAAGUUAUGUGAUAAGGUUAUUUGCAUUAUAACUGACAAUGCAGCCAACAUGACAGCUAUGUGCAAUAUUUUAAAAAAGCCACAUAUCGGGUGCUUUGCUCAUACAAUCAAUCUUGUAGUACAAGAUGUUUUAGAAAAAACUGAAUGCAUUAAAGAACUUUUAAAAACUGUCAAAAAUAUUGUAGCUUUCUUUAAAAAAAGUUCUAAGGCUACAGAUUUACUAAAAAAUGAACAGGAGAAUAGAAACUCAUCAAAAUUAAAAUUAUUGCAGGAUAUAUCAACUCGAUGGAACAGCACUUACUAUAUGUUAAAACGUGUUAUAGACGUUGGUGAUUCUUUAACAAUGGCUCAACUUCAUUCUCAAGAAGCACCUGAGAUUUUAGCAAGGGAAGAAAAAGAAAUUAUAGUUGAAGUUAUUAAAAUUCUUGCACCUUUUGAAGUUGCGACACAACAAAUAUCAGGCUCAUAUGUGACAAUUUCUUUGAUAAUUCUCAUCAUAACAGGAAUUUAUCAUACUUUAAAUGAUAUUAGACAAGAGCUAAAGACAUUUGUAGGAAUAGAACUACAUUCCCAAAUUUUAAUUUCAGUAAAUAAAAGAUUGUCUGCAUAUGAAAAUAAAUUAAUACCAAAAAUAUCUACAAUUAUUGAUCCACGCUUUAAGAAGAAUGGUUUUAGAAGCUCUGAAAAUUCUCUAAGUGCCCAAGUUGAUUUACAGAAAUUAGCCCAAACUAAUAUAUCACCUUUAGAAUCAGAAUCUACUACCAGGGAAUCUAGCACAAAUAAUGAACAUUCGACAUUAGCUUCCAAUUUGGCAGAGCCUGAAAUUAAAAAACAAAAAGUUGAUUUAUUUAAAUUUUUAAAUAAGAAAAGAGAAUUAAAUAAAAAAAUCAUCACUCCAAGUUCCAAAGCAGUCAUUGCUGUCAGACAGUAUAUGGAGGAAGAAACUAUCGAUUUUAAAGAAAAUCCACUAACAUAUUGGUUAGAAACGAAUAACACUAUUCUGAAGGAAUUAGCUUUAAAAUACCUAUCUGUACCAGCCACGUCAGUACCUAGUGAGAGGUUGUUCUCUAAAUCUGGGCAACUACUGUCCACAAGAAGAAGUCGGUUAAAACCAAAAAAUGUCGACAUGGUUUUAUUUAUCAAUGCUAACCAUGUUUUUCUAAAUAAAAAUUAA